AUGGAUGCAGGGGAGCGGAAGCGUCAGAACGAAGCACUCCGACGCAAGUUGCUCGGUGGAGGACUCAAGCCGGGACUCCUCGAAAAGUAUCAGAACUGCAGCGGCACCACACAGAAGUUCGAGUUUUUGAAGGCGUUCAUAUUGGACCCCGACAUGGAAAACAUCGACGUGGAGCCUUGCUUCAAGGAGAUGUCGGAGCGCAAAACGGCGGACGUGUUCGUGGAAUUGCCGCUAGAGGAGCUCAAGAAGUCCUACACGAGCCCGGCCCAAGUUCGUUUUUUGACCGACGUCAUCUUAAAGCAGCCAGGGCGGCCGCACCCACAGGAUCCCUCCAACAACGAGAUGCGCCUCUACAAAGUCUACCAGACUGGAGUGGACAAAAGCUCGAAUGUGUCGCAGCUUUCAACCAAGCUGCGUGGCACGGCGCGGGUCGGGAAGAAUGCUGCAGCCAGAAAUGCCCUGGCGGAGUCCUUGGCAAGCAAGUGUGCAGAGAUGACGAAAAACUCCGGCAAGACUGACAAGCAGCCAAAGACGAAGAAAGACAAGAAGGCCUUACAUGAGCUUACGCACGACGAGAAGCAGCAGAAAGAGUUCGAUCGAGAUUUGCAAGCGUGCCCUGACUUUGACAGCCGUGCUCGAGUCGAAUGCUUUGUGCUGGAUGUCGUGAUGAAUGCUACCGUGCAAAGCUUGAAGUCGGUCUAUGGGCAGCUGAUGGAGCUGCAUGCAAGGGUCAAUGAGAUGAUCUUUAACGGCGACACCUUCGAGAACUAUGCGUAUGUCUUGAAUACGGAGAAAGAGCGCUGUGAGGCGCCGGACUGUAGACUGUUGUGCGACAAACUCCCAAAUAAUCCUACUUAA